AGCAAUAGAGAAACCCUAGUCCCCAACUAUAUCUUCUUCGUUAAUCGCCGCAGCAGCUAAACUCUUAGCGUUUCCAGAACUUUUUAGCGAUCGGCAGCCUUCUUCUUCCACCUCUUAUUUUCUAAAACAUGGCGACGCAAAUCAGCAAGAAGAGAAAGUUUGUGGCGGACGGUGUGUUCUACGCGGAAUUGAACGAGGUUCUGACUCGGGAGCUGGCGGAGGAUGGAUACUCAGGUGUGGAGGUUAGGGUUACUCCAAUGAGGACUGAGAUUAUCAUCAGAGCCACCCGUACUCAAAAUGUUCUCGGUGAGAAAGGGAGGAGGAUCAGGGAGCUUACAUCUCUUGUACAGAAGAGAUUCAGGUUUCCUCAAGACAGUGUUGAGCUUUACGCCGAAAAGGUUGCCAACAGAGGUCUCUGUGCCAUUGCUCAGGCUGAGUCUCUCCGUUACAAGCUUCUCGGUGGUCUUGCCGUUCGCAGGGCUUGCUAUGGUGUAUUGAGAUUCGUCAUGGAGAGCGGAGCUAAGGGAUGUGAGGUGAUUGUGAGUGGAAAGCUCCGUGCAGCACGUGCCAAGUCCAUGAAGUUCAAGGACGGUUACAUGGUUUCCUCCGGUCAACCUACCAAGGAGUACAUCGACUCUGCUGUCAGACAUGUUCUCCUUAGACAGGGAGUGCUCGGAAUCAAGGUUAAGGUCAUGCUCGACUGGGAUCCUAAGGGAGUAACGGGACCAAAGACACCAUUGCCUGAUGUUGUGAUCAUCCAUACUCCCAAGGAAGAAGAAGUGAACUCUACAUCUACCCAAGUUGUUGCUCCGGCUGCUGCUCUUGUACCCGAAGCUCCCCUCACAGCUGUAGAUUACCCUGAGAUGAUCCCAGUUGCCUAGAAAGAAAAACCCUGUUUUACUACUAUUUCAUUUGAUUUUGUUCCUUUUCUUUUUGUUCUUGGAAUCAGACACCUUUUGAAAUCCUAUUUCUAAAAUUAUAUCAAGUUUCCAGUGUGAA